AAUUAUAUAUCAUCCUCAUAUUAUUUGUACAAUUACCAAUUAUUUACGUUAACAUACCAUAACUGUCAAAUUAAAAUAACUUCAACAUCAGUUACAAAACAUUGCCGAAAUAAAGUUUUAUCAUCAUUCUGCUUGAUUAUCGUUUUUAUGUAGUCAACAAAGUAUCAAUUUUGCUGAAAGAAGAAUAUCACCGACGGAAUCAGAAAAUUACUUCCUGUAGGAUUUGUAAAAACAAGACGAGUAAAUGUUUACUCGCGUUGAAGCGCAACGGUCUGCAUAAAUACAUUACAAAACUGUGAGAAAAAUUUGCGAAACCAUCUGGUUCUCUUUACCUUUUAUUCUUUACUCUUUACUCAAUAAAAGACGUAAAUGCAAUAAUUGAUCUUGCGAAUUCACGAAUACAAUCUGCCCAGUAAUCACGUAAAGAUAUGUGAUCAGUCUGUAAAAGUCUUAUUACAAACGUAAAACGUAAACGGUCUUUAUGAUUCAUUCCUUUCAUUACUGAUGACGUGACGAUAAGUCAUCGCUCGCAAAAAGUCCGAAAAUUAGCAUCCCGAGAAUGGAUCGUAAAUACACUGGGAAAAUCCAAUUUACUUACAUUCACGCGCGCACAAGCUGAACGCACGAAAUUGCUCGGAUCUGCUGGUCAGCAAUCAGCGCUAUAAAAGGAAGCUCAGCCAGCUCUUCUAAACAGUAGAUCGUCGACCUUCGAUAGAUCAUCUCGAGACUCUGUGAUCGUAUAUAAGUAAUCAAUAGCCAGUUAGCAGUGCCGAGCGUUGUCGAAAUGUUGUUCUACUUGUUGUUAAUUGUCGCAUCGCCGUUUCUCAGCGCCGCGUUCCCACAAAUGUCUCAGGUAGAUGGAUUCGUGUUCGACGGACCAACAGGUUCCAGCGUUCCAAACGGGGCACAGAGAACAACUUCAACGUCUACAACAAGACCUACAGGAUCUGCAAGAACAAGCACGACUACUACGAGCACUUUGCCUCAGGCUCAAUUCGAUGCAUGCGUCACAUCUUGUCCGGUGACGCCAGAGUACAAUCCUGUUUGUGGUACGGACAAUAUGGAUUAUACCAAUCCGGGAGGACUGGGUUGUGCACAAAGAUGCGGAAAAGAGGUGGUAUUAUCUCAUUACGGGCGCUGCUCAACGGGCAGAUCUGGAUGAUUCAUAAUCCAACGUGAUCAAAUUCAAGCUUAAGGUAACGUCGUAUUAAUCAAGAUAAAAGACUGAUUGCUUGGCAGACACAUUGUAGGAAACAUAAACCUAUUUGCAUGUCAUAGUAUAUGCGCACAAAUAUACUCAUUUUUUAACUU